AUGAGUAACAAGCGGGGUGCCGACGGCAACAACAGUGGUUGCUCCUGCGAUGGGGGAGCGGUCUUCUCUUACGACAGCUCUUCCCUGGAGCUGGAGAUUCGAAGGCUUGAGGCGGAGAAGGACCUUAUUGAGGCCCGCAUCGCCCGGCUGCGGCUACAGGUGGAGGGCGGGAAGUCAACUGGCGGCGUUACCGCUGGUCGUAUUGAUGAUGCGCGCAAUAAGGCGGCGGGCGAGGAGCAGGAGAAGGGGGAGGGGAGGGCGAAUAUGAACGGUCCCCCCUUCCCAACGGCGUCUGUCUGCGGUCUGACGCCGGAGAUGAUUCAUCGUUACAGCCGGCACCUUCUGCUCCCGUCGUUCGGUGUUGAUGGUAUGCUUUCCUUUUGGGAUUGCUCUCCCCAGUCCUCGGCACUAGAGCUUUUCUAUGCUUUCUGUUGACGCACCGUUGGCCAUCGAUUACUCGCUGUGUUUGGAGUGAGACACGACGUGAUAAAUUAGCUUGUAAAUCCCAACAGCCAUCUUCCUGAUCUGCUGUCGACCAGAGCUUUUUGUUGUUUGUGGGGCACUUCUUGACUAGAAGAGGGAUGUACCGAUUCUUUCAUUUGGUAAACGUCAUCUUAAGGAGACCAUUGUCUCAUUCUGGAACUAGGUUGCUUGUGAGUCGAUGGACGUCCGUGAGUACUGGUCACAUGUAUGUAUCGGCCAACAUCAUCGUACCUCACCAUACAUUGCGAGAUGGAACCACUAGUAUGCUUGUUGUGCAGUCCAGUGUGAUUCUUGUGCGGGCAAUAGUCUAUGGUUCGGAAGCUACUGUGCUCAACUGGCUGUGAAAGCAUUUAAAAAAAUAUUAGUGAAGUGAACUGUACAUAUUUUAAAGAUUCUGUCUAGUUAACAUUCUUGAAUAUCUUACUUGCCAUUUGCUGUUUAUGGAAUAGUUCUCUCUGCGUUUUAUGUCCUCCUUUCCUUUUAAAGGACAUAGGAAUACACGUCACUGUAAACCACAUCAAGAACGAGGUUUUGAUAAUGCUGGGUGGGGUUGAAAAGAGAGAUUAAUGUCAUAAGCGAGCCGUAGCAUAGAAAAAAUUCACCGUGUCUCUAAUUUGGGUGAUAGAUUUGUUGGUAUAUAAAGGCUCGUCAUUACAUGUCAUUUGAUUAUCAGACUUAAUCUUUUGAGAAAAAGUUUAAGAAAUGCACGAAAGAUGAUGUGGUAGAUUCCAUAAAGAAGAAACAGUCCUGCAAAUGUUCAAAAGCAUAUUCCUCGAAUAUACUAUUGAAAAAUUUGCGUUGGCUAAUGAAGGUCCGUUAUGUGAUCUUUUGUACUGGAGCACAACCACUGCAGAUGGUGGUGCAUAUGCCACUAGGCUGUAGAUUUGUGCAUGUACUCAACCUCCUCUAUCACAAUCGGCAGUGUGUACAGAACUCUUUUAUAGCAAAAAGAUUUCUGUACAAAACAUGUUUAGUUUUCUCAGUGAUACUAAAAUAGGCUGCGAUAUAGAUGGGAAUUCGAAUUUAAAGAUGUAAGAAUGGUACUGGAAGCUACAGGGAUGGACUUAAGAACUUGUAUUGAAGGUGAUAUUCUUAAAAUGUCUAUGCAUUAGAUAAGAACUGUUUGAUUUUGUGAUCUUGAUUUCUUUAUUUUUUUAACUAGCAUCCUGAUUUAUUUGAAGUAGUACAUUGUGCAUAGAUGCCGAACUUCUCUCCUUUCUUUGUAUCUUUUUAAUGUUGCUCAGUGUUAGUGCAAUGCCACUUAUGACUUUUAACUGGACAAAAAUUGAUGCUAGCUAUAAGGUGUACUUUUCUCUCUAUGUUCUCUUCAAAUUUAACAUGGUCUGUGUUUCAGAGGUAAAUGUUGGGCUCUCAUGUCCUGAGCAAAUAUAUCUUCAAUAAACCUACAGAAAGAAAAUCUUUUAAUGUAUCCAUGGACUUUUUUGGUGUUAUAUGUAUGCAUAAUGUGUCCAUAGGAUUUAACAUGACUGAUGAAAUUCCCUGGGUGUUUUCUCAUUUUAAAUUCGCUGAGUCUAUGCUGCUAUCCUCUACUCUAGACUGAACUAUUUAUUAUUUUCCUGUACUGUCACUUCAUGAAUUCGUUGAAUCUCAACUGGUGGUUUUUUUUCGAGAGAUAAUAUGACAAGUUGAUUUAUAACUAUUUUAUUCUAUCUCUGACGUGCAGAGCUUCUUGAUCAUUUUCGUUUUGUGUUUUAGGUCAGCUCAAUCUCUCAAAAGCCUCAAUUUUGGUGGUUGGAGCAGGAGGCUUGGGGUCACCCAUCGCUAUGUAUCUUGCAGCAUGUGGUGUUGGUAACGAUCCUCCUCUAUGAGAAGAGUCCUUAUUUCAAUGUUUGUUUGUGGUCAGUACUUUGAUAUUUUACUAUCUAAUUAGUAGAACUCUGUACACGUGUUUUUGUAAGGCGAUUUUCAUAAAAUGGUGCCUUUAUAUUAAUCAUAAUCGACUCUUAACCUUAAUGGAUUCCUAGUAUCCAUUUGAGGCUAUCCAGCUAUUUAAGAAUCUACUUUUUACUACCGAACUGUGAUAUUUACUUCUGUCUAACAGAGAUUGAUGCUCCAAACUGAAGUCUCUCCAAGUAGACUCUCGUUUCCUUGUAGUUGCGUGAUUUAGUCCUUGUUUAGUUGCUUGACAAAAAUUGAAUUGCCUUAUAAUUAUGUGCUUAUCCACUUUCAUUUCGGCGAAGAGUGGGGGCACUUCCAUGGCAUUCUUGUAAGGUGUUGGCAAGACUAGGGCUCUAACAACAUGAGCAUGAUGAUGCUCCAAACUGUUCUGCAUUUUGGGUUGCUUAGAUGUUAAGGAAGGCUUUUUGUUGCAGAAUUGUGAAUAGUAAUAUCAAUGAGAUAAUAAAUACAUAUUUAUGUAUAUUUUAAACUAUUUUUAACUAUUUUAUUAUAUUAUAAUUUUACAUGAUUAUUUUUAAAUUACAUUAUUCAAUUGGUAACUGCUAAUGUUUUUCUUUAGUUCAUUAAAUAGUUUGGCUUAUGGUUUUAGUUUUUUAUGUUUAUAAAUAUUUGUCCAAUUUCUCGGCUGUCUUAUUUUUACACUAGUACAAAAAAUAUUUUUCUAAUAUAUUUAAAAAUAUAUUACCUUUGUGACCAAAGCAAAAAACAAUGUAGUAUCACGUUGGUCUCCCUGGUUGCCUUAAAAAAACCUUGGCACAGACCUAUCGCAGCUUUUAUUGGAGCUUCUAGCUUUUAUCUUAAGAUGGGUUGUUUUUGGAUGUGGCCAGUUGUUUUUUUCUCUGCUAGGCAGUACGUAAUAUUCAGAGAGGCAUGUCAAUACUUUUAAUCAAAUGUUAUCAUGGCAGCUUUUGAAGGGGACUGAGAUCAUGAGGUUACUGAAAGCUGACAUGGAGACUGAUGGGUAGUUCUCAAACCCAAAUCGCUCUCAUGCAUCAGAACAAGUUGAAAUUCAAACCCCAUAAAUGUAUUAGUUCUAUCCCCUCUAAGCUUCAACAAUCCAAGUUACCUUUAAGACGAAAUAGUUUCUUCCAUAUGAGUAAAUCAGGACAAUUAUUUUCCCAUCAACUUGUAACUGGGGAGAAAUUUGUUGUUAAACUUGUUCAACUUUAAACCUGAUAUCACUCUAGACAAUAAACAGAGGAAUCGUGUUUCUGAGUGAACAUCUUGAGUUUAGGCUGGAGAAAUGCUAUUGAUAUUGUAAAAAAAUGUUUCUUGGUAUCCCCAGGGGAAGUAAACUUGAUGGUCCAAUAUAUCAAAUAAGAGUGAGUAAUAGAUGAAAUAAGAUUUCAACGGUGGUGCAGCAUCAAUCGUGAAUAGUGAUCAGUGUGGUUAAAACAAUAGGAUUAGAAAUGUUUCUUGUAGCUUGUAGGAAUGCUGCAUAUAGAAGGCCAAUAUGUUCAAUAUCUGGGGAAUAAUUGGAGAUUUUCUGAAAUACAAAGAAGCGUUCUAGGUUUCUGAGUACUUGUUCACUUUUAUCUUUCUCCUGCAAUUCCAUUACCAUUUAUUCUUUUCUCAAUAAUUCAGAUUGGUUUCCACUUUGCAGUGCUCUUCAUUAGUGUUUUGUUGUUAUAUUGUUUUCUGUAGGGUGCUUAGGCAUUGUUGAUGGUGACAAUGUUGAGCUUAACAAUCUGCACCGACAGGUAUCUUGUGAUGUGCACCGACAGCAAUUUGAUGAACUUGUGUAGAUAUAUCCUUUUCAUCCCUCAUUCUUUCACUUGAGGACGUUUUUCCUUCGAUUGAAUCCAUGGAUGUAAUCGUUUUUGUGCACUUUGCUCCUGAAAUCUUUUCUUCUUCUAGUGAAUGAUGGAUUUUGAUGCACAAAGCCUUGCUUUGUGACAUCACGUCUAUAGAUAAUUAAUGGAUUCGUGCUCACAUAAGAUAACUUUCCCAUUUUUAACUUAUUUCUUUUGUUGACAUUUGUUAUGUGUUUGUACUCAACUUGUAAAGCAUGCUACUCAUCUCAGAAUCAGCUACAAAUUGCUUGCGAAUUGUACAUAAGCCUAGACAUAUACCUUGCAGGCUUGUGUUUUUUCCCUGUUUCGGGAUCCAAUGGAGGUCAUUUUGUUGUGUGAGGUUGAAUCACAACAAUGAGUAUAGUGUUUUCCUACCUUCUAUCUAGUCUUACAGCAAUUUCAAGAAACAAUAGAUCAUCAGUGCUUAUUUUUGUUGGAAGUUCUAGGUCAUAAGAAAAUACUAUAAAAGACAGUAUUUUUCAAAAAUUGUGUAGGAACUCUCCCUAUAUAAUGGGUGUUAGAGGUGAAUAAAUCUUGAGGUGGUUUCCGCCAUUCUCCUCUAUCCUCCGUGACAGAGGUUUUUCUCCGUUUUCAACAAUUUUAAGUGAUACGACCAUUAUCAGGGACUCAAUCCUCCCUUGUAUCCCAGUGGUCCGUUGAGUUUUGUAAUUGCCACAUUAUGUUGCUAGUACUGUCCUAAAAUUUAUGAGUGUUGAAAAAAACCGUUGUUUCCUACUUGGUGUCAGAAUUUUUCUAAAGAACUACAGAUUUGGAAUCUACAAUUCAAUUUUCCUCACAUGCUGACACAUUAUGUUAAGAUAUUCGUGCUAGUAAGCUGCAUCUCCCUCCACCAUGGAUCAAUUAGUAGAUUUUCUAUCCCUUUAUUGGAUUUAAAGACCAAAUCUGAAUCCAAAGUCUAAAUAGCACGGCUUUGACAAUUUUGUCACCACAUGGCUGAAAAUCAUUGCUGGGAAAAUAUUUUCAUCAGAAUGAGGUAAUUUCGUAAAAUCAUCACAACGCUUGUCCUAUUUUCAUACUUUAAGGACGUAAUUUCGUAAUGUUUCUAUGACUGGAGUAGAAAUAUUAGAAUCAUGAAUAAGAAAAGUUGGACUUGCAUAUCAUUUUAACAUGUAUAAGUUUCUAAAGUGAUACAGAAGUUCAUUCAAUUGGUUCACCGUUCCUCAUUAAACACCGGCAAAAGGUUUUGCUAGUACCAACUGCAGUUCCUCUCAUAUGUCUCUGGUGAGGGUACAUCUGCCAACCUAGUUGCCUGUCUUAUCUUAUCAUUCCAAUAUAGCAUACAGUAUGACAUAGAAAAAGAUGUAAUGCUUACAAUCUUGAAAAUAUGGCAUUUCAUUGAUAACAUUCUACAUCAUGAUAGUUCUUAAACUAUGUUUCAUGCUUAAUUCAUGUACAUCAAUUGUAUCAUCUUAGGCUCAACAUUUCAUUUUAUAUGUAGAAAUAAACAUAAAGAAUGAGCUCCAUCCUAAAAUCCCAAGCUUAUGACAUAGCAUCAUAAUUUUCAUGCCAUUGGUUGGUUGAGAAGAGACUACAUGACAUUAAGUCUUAAGUAUGCUACCCUUGAAACAAUAUCAACUUUGGUUUUGUGAUAACUUUGCCACUGCUAACGCAAAAUUGGGUCAUCAUAAAUAGAUGGCUUAUUGAAGGUCCAUAAGGUUCUCCAAACGAAGAAAAUGCAGUGACCAGAAAGUUGCUACCCCAAGGCCUGCUGUGACCGCCUUUAAUUAAGGAAGGAACACUCCGAUGUUAAUGUGACGCAUAAGGAAUUCGGGGAGAUGUGCCUCUGCGUUGACAUCCCUAAUCCGAAACCUAAUUUUUCUUUGUUUUCACUGGCCUUAUUGCCCGAAAAAAUGAAUGGAGCCAACCUGGACAAGGGGCCCACAGGCAAUACUACCUAGUAUGCUACUCCCUGGAGUGAAUAUUAGCUCAGCUGGGGAAUGGCUCGCUGUUUAGUUGCUGCUUAAGUUUAACAGUAGGCUAUGAUUAAGCCCAUAUGUAGCUAUUCUCCAAUGCUAGAAGCGUCCUCAUGUGAUGCCAAUCGGUCAAGGAAGCCCCAUGUUGAUUGAGGAAGAAUGAAACCAUCUUUGGAGUAAACUUGUCAGUUUAAUGCAUAUGCUUAGAAAGUAAAGGAUUUAUAUAACAAUCUCUUGGUUAUUCAUCGUUUUCUUAUUGCAUGACUUAUUUUCAUUUCAAAUAUCUCAUUUUUUUUUUGAAUAUCUUAAAUAGAUUAUCCACACAGAAGCUUAUGUUGGAGAACCAAAAGUCAAGUCAGCAGCAGCAACCUGUCAUGCGUAUGUUACUUUCUUUUCCUGUGCAUUUGCAUGGAAAUUGUUUACAUUGAAGCUAGUGAUGAUGGAUGUAGGAGGUUACUUAUACCUGAUGGAAAAACAUUACAGAUUUUACGUUCUCUAAAAGCUUUGCUGUUAUUAUUUGUGGCCUUUGUCUGAUGUCUGUUGCAGUUGUAUAAUUCAGGAUUAAUUCUACAGUAAGGGUGGUCGAACACAGAGAGGCAUUGCUAGCCUCUAAUGCUCUUGACAUCAUGAGCCAGUAUCCUUGGUGUACCUGCUUAAAUCAUCAAUUUUCCUUAAAUUAGUCUUCUCGUAAACAUUCCUUAUAGUUCUCUGCCUUCCUUAAUCCUAACAUUAUCAAAGAUAUGAUGUCAUUGUUGAUGCAACAGAUAACCUGCCAAGUAGGUAUAUGAUAAGUGAUUGUUGUGUAGUGCUUAACAAGGUAAAUAAAUUAUUUAUUAGAUCGUGAUUUUUUUUUCUAUUUAUUGAUAUCAUUGAGUUAUUUUCAUUAUUCAUAGGGCACUUUAUAUAUAAAAGUUCAAAAUUCAAUGUAUUAUUCUUUUAGCAAUGUUCUAUUAGUUAAUCUCUGUUAUUUGGCUUUUAUAUCUCACCUGGCCGUGGAAGUAUGCUUUCAUUAUUCUAAGAUUAGUAAAAUGAAAUUUUCAAGUUGAAAUAAAUGCUACAAUUUGGCCAGCGAUUAUUGUAGUGUCUACAAAAGAAAAUAUUAGCAAUUUUGUACAAACACAACCCAAAUACUUUCAAAUUUCCAGUUGUGUAUAGUCUCCACCUUUGGUCCAUCUAACUGUUAUAGAUUUUGGUGACUAUGUCCCAACUCCUGCCUAACCAACUGACAGACUGCAUGAUGACAGAAUGCAACCUUCAUAUCUUGUUCGGGAGGUUGGAGACAAUGCUGAUAAAACCUGUUUUCUCACGAUCAAUGAUACAAUGAUGGGCUCGAGUGGAUCACGCCAUAUAUUAGAUUGCAUUUAGCUUCAUUUAAGUCAUUUGAAGUGAAAUAUUUCAUUAUUAAAAACAGCGGAGGAGCAACUAAAUAGAUGAUAUACGACUUGCAGUAGCAGAGCUUCUUUUCCUAUUGGGUGGCACCAAAACAUUUAAUUUGAAACUUAACCCUAAAACGCAGACCAACAAAGUAAAUGGAUGUAGAGGGUGAUACAACCCUAAACAGGCUGUCCUCUUUCACUUAUGCGAAUAAGGCGCUGCCCUGUGGACUGAACAAAGCAACCGUUCAUUUGAAUAUGUUAUCAGUAAUCUAAAAAUGAAUAAAAAUCUGUAGAAAAUUUAUACACAUGUUUUUAUGCUUGAUAACUAUGUUUAAUACUUAUUUCAUACUUUUCUUCUUUGCCAAUCUUUUUCCAUUAAAUAUGCCAUAUUGUGAGGCAGUGAUUACUCUCCUUUCCUUUUCUUCUUACGUAUUUCUUCAUCUUUCAGCCUCUUGUGUCAGGUGCAGCACUUGGUCUAGAAGGCCAGGUAAAGUUUUAAAUUUGUUUUUAAAAUCAUCUUUAAUAUUUACUCUUAAAUUUACUCAUUAUUGCUCCUUUUUUGUUUCCUGAACUAUUCUUUUUCAUGUUUUUAGAAUUGAUUCAUUAAUUCUUUUUUAUGAUAAAAGUUCUACUUCAACGAUGGCACCACUAAUGUUUCUAACAUGCAGCUUACAGUUUACCAUUAUAACGGGGGUCCUUGUUAUCGGUGCCUUUUUCCAACUCCUCCACCUGCCACAGCAUGCCAGAGAUGCUCUGACAGUGGAGUCCUUGGUGUGGGUAGGUUUUAAAUCCUACCUAUAGGGACACUGUCCAUUGUUCUCAUUUAUCUUAUUUUUUGGAAACAACAGCAGCAGAGAAAGUACCUUUUGUCUUCAUUGCUUUACUCUUUCAAAAACGUACCUUUCCAAAAAGCGUGAAUGGCAGGCGAUUUGUGAUUGGAGAUUCACAAUCUGAUGGUAAUACUGAAUGCUCCCUGAUACACGAUCAACCACGCAAUAGACUGUCGACAAUCUAUGCUGGGCCUCCUUGACGUCAGGCAUAGAUCACCUUUUUAGUUUUCAGACACCAGUAGCUAUCACUUUAAAACCACUGAUCUCAAUUAAGUCUGAUUUGCUAUUUGUUUGAUGUUAGAAAAUAAAUAGACGAAAUUUCAGCUCUGAGGUAGUGAUAUUUGAGAAAUAGAUCAUUGGCACUUUAAAACUAUGUGAUCUUUGCUGGAUUUCUUUCUUCCAGAACUUCACCUUUUUUCCCUGAUAUUUUUGUCUGUUUGGACUCUGGUGUCAAUUUUAGUAGAAAACUCAGUUCUUGAUCAGAACAUCUUGUAUGAUGGAGGCCUUACAACCCUAGAGAAAGUCUCAUCUCUAUCACACAAUUUAUCCAUCAUUUGUGAAAUUUGCAAGUAUUUCCUUCGUUUUUGACAGAAAUAUCAAUAAGCCCAAAGCCAAUUCAUUUUUUUCCGCUUCAAUAACUGGUAGAUCAUGGGUUUAUGAAAAGAUCCUUUUGUGGAAAAUAAAAGUUACGCAUUCUAUCAUGUCCAAAUGAACCAACACUGUUAGUAUGAAUGUAUCUAUUCGUGUUAUGCUAUCUGAUCAAUGAUGUGAAGCAUAGUUCUCUGACAACAUGUCCCAACAAGUUAAUAGUAUCAUUCCGAAUGAAAGACUUGAUAAGAUGAAGUUGGUGAAUUUCCUUGUCAGUCUGUCUGAGAGCAGAUUUGUUAACACAGGUUUCUUAGCACCUGUCUGGAAAGCUUUGUUGUUUCUCCAUCCUCAUUUAAGUUCGUGAGGUUCCACAUUGAUUUUAAACUGAUGAUGAAGUUGGGUGUCACUACAUCUUCAACUCAUUGGUUCCUCUUGGCAAGUUUGCUGCAGUUUACUCAAUAACCUUCCAGUACAUUUUUCUGAAUGUCACAUUUCCUUUUUUGGAUAUUUUUUAUCAUUCUUUGGGAAUAUAUAGGUACUCUAUCGUGUAGUGAAUUUAUACGAGCGGUGUCUUGUUCAUUACUUUGAACAUAUUUAUGAAUCAGUUGACUGAUCUCAUUCUUUUCCGUAUACGUUUUGUAUAGUUCCAGGGAUAAUCGGCUGUCUUCAGGCUCUAGAAGCUAUAAAGGUUGCAAGUUCGAUUGGUAAACCAUUAUCUGGGAGAAUGCUUCUCUUUGAUGCCUUGUCCGGACAUAUUCGGAUAGUAAGCCUCUUUCGUUGUAUUCUUUGGACUGUCCAUUUUACUGUCUCCAGAGUACUGAUGUUUGGUUUCUUUUAACUAUUACUUAUCUAAAAUAUCUUUUCUAUCAUUUGUCAUUUUUUAUGUUUGUGAGAUUAAAAAGAGCAUUGAACUGUAAAACAGAUAUCCCCUUAAUGAUAGAUGAAAUAUGCCUGCAUUAUUUUCGAUUGUUUUAGAAAUAUUUUACGGGUGUUAAAACUUCAAAUCAUUUCACAUGCGCUUUAACCUAUAUUAAUUUAAUAUGCUUUUGAAGAAAACUCUGCCGGAAUUUUUUGAUUUAGAAUAUGUAAUGUACUGAAUUUCUGACCUAUCUUCACAUGGUAAGGGUGUCAGAUUGAGCCUAUAACAGAGGCACUGUCACUCUUACCUAUUAGGGUUUCCAUGACCAGGUGGCUGUUGGUCUUAGUUAAUUUGAGAAGACACGAUGUCCUUGAAACCAGGGUAGUGCACAAUAAUUGUUUUAAAAUUUGUUGAUAUCUUUCUUUGUAUUAUUCUGGUUUGAUCAUAUUAUAUGCUUAGUAAUUGUUUCAAGUUUCUAUUUGUUCACAAACUCAACGGCACAAGUUCUUCGAAAUCCGCAUUGCCGUUUUGUUAACGAAGUUGCAAAUCCCUAGUUUUACUGAAUUUGAUCGUUUCAGUAUAUUGUAGUUCUUCCAAUAUGGUUUUGAGGGUACCAGAUCUAGCCCUCUGAUGGAACCUUAUUAGUUGUUCAUUUGUUUCUUGCUUGACUGGCCAGGUUAAGCUAAGAGGCAGGUCAUUGAACUGUGAUGUAUGUGGAGAAAAUUCAAUGUUCACACGGGAGACAUUUCAGUCCUUUGACUAUGAGAAUUUCACGCAAUCCCCAUUCUUCCCCUCGGUAAUUUUGCGUCCUGUGCAUUGUAUAUUUUCCUGUUUUCCCUUUUUGCAUUGUUGGUGGAUAAUUCACUUGUUUGGUUAUUCAUCUAUUGUCUGUUUUAUUUUCUAAUUCAACUUUUACUGCAACUGUUUCGUCAAUUCAUAACAUUUUCUGCAAAUAUACUAUUAGUGAUCAGGUAUCUACUAAAAUAUUUGUAUUUAGGAACAGCUUAUCUGAGCCUGGAUAAUCUAAGGGAUUAUCUUGUGUUGUGUACAAGAGUUCCUCUUUGAUAUGCUUAAUAUCACGGUAUAAUUCAAUGUUUCUGGUUGUGUUCUGAAUUUGAUGUCAUCUGUUGAAGUAAAAGUUAUGAUGUUGUAGAAUAUUCGGCUCAUGAAUAUUACUCAUUGCAGAUAUAAACUUUUUCGGGCUGUGUGGAUCAUUAUGAGCUGGUUGCUUUAAAUUCAUUUUAAGGUUUACGAAAGUGGUCCAUUCCUGUCUGAUCCUCAUGCCUUCUGUUCCCUUCCGGCACUGUUCACUCGAUUCCUGUCGACAUAUGUCAUAAAUGAAAAUUCAUUCUUUAUUCGCUAUUUGUAACUCUCAUUCCAAUUGAAAGAAAAAACAUUAUGACGAGUUUCUAGGGGAAGACCGGAUGUCUACUGUUGAGUAAUGUACUGUGUAUGAACUCUUUUUAGUGAUACUGAUACUCAUCAUCCUGAAAAUGACCUUUUAGGGAAAAACUUUAUUGUGAUUAUCCAUCUAAUGAGGUUGAUAUGGUCAAAGAGAAAAUGUACUUGUUUCCAUGGUGUCCAACUUGAUGCUUUGCUACGAAAGUCUACACGUCAGUGGAUGCGACCUCCUUUGACAAGAUUUUUUCCAUUACGGGAUGGACAUUUAACUUAAUUUGUGCAGUUCAUUAUUUAUAAUAUCAUAAGUGAUAUAAUAAUAGAGUAAUAGCUUAUGAGAUAAACAUUUUCCUCAGUACAUAAUUUUUUUAUGUUAAAUCUUCAUGAUUAUUCUCAUUUCCUACUUCGUAUUUCUGUGUAGUCAAACGAGGGGCUACAGUUACUUCCGGACACUGAUCGAAUCAGCAUUACAGAGUAUAAAAAGCGGGUUGAUAGCAGUGAACCACAUAUCCUGGUGGAUGUUCGCCCAGCCCACCACUUUCAGAUUACUGCACUUACCAAUUCUAUCAGCAUUCCUCUGUCCUCUUUGAAGGAAAACUUUGCGGUGAUUGAUUCAGCAAUGGAUGAAAUCAAGCAAGGAACAGGGUUAGAUGCUUCUAUAUAUGUUAUUUGCAGACGUGGAAAUGACUCCCAAAGGGCUGCUAAGUUACUCCAUGAAAAUGGAUUUUCUAUUGCAAAGGAUAUUAUUGGGGGAUUAGAAUCAUGGGCUCAAGAAAUUGAUCAUAGCUUUCCAAUGUACUAG